AUGUCGCUGAGGAGGGAUAUCCACGUACGCUCGAUUCACCUCUACCGAGAGAGGACGAGAAUGAAUACGAUGCAGUGGCACACUGUCCCGCAUGUUGGAAGACCUCCGAGGAUUACGCUGACAUGGACUUUGUGCGAAUGUGCUUCAAAGGGUUACCACAGGAAGUACUUGAAGACUUGGAAGUGGCUGAUGUGGAUACCAGCUGCACAACUUACCGAUCACGGGUUUCUCCUCAAAUGUUGGUCCAUUAUAGAAUGA